AUGCUGAUGCUGCUGCGGCUGCUGUACUUGCCCCAUCAGUCUGUUAAGGCUACACGGGGGAAUUUUCUUUUAGUUUAUAAAAACGUGUGUCUGUGUUUUCACCGAUACCUCGCAGACUCGGUACAAGAAAGCAUCGAGCGAAAGUUCGGGAAGCACCAAGGAAGCAUCCCCAUCGUGCCCACCGAAGACUUCCAGGCGCGGAUCGCCGGUGCUUCAGAGAAGGACAUUGUCCACUCGGGGCUGGCCUACACGAUGGAGCGCUCCGCAAGGCAAAUCAUGCGCACGGCGAUGAAGUACAACCUGGGGCUGGACCUGCGCACGGCGGCGUACGUCAACGCCAUCGAGAAAGUGUUCCGUGUCUACAACGAGGCCGGCCUCACCUUCUAAAGGCCCUCACCCGAGACAACGGGACAACCACACUCACACGCCUGCACACCAACCACGCUGCCAAACGCCGGCGUGCCAAACACCCACACAGCACCACGUGUCAAACACUCGCACAACACCACGUGUCAAAAACCCACACAGCACCUUUUAGCAUGACGAGCUAAGACUUCGCCUUGAAGCCCUCUCUCGUGGCUAGCAGGCCGUUGGCAUUUAGCUUCUGAACGGUGCAACGCGCAGGAAGUAGUUAAGAUUGACCAUGGCACGGGCCGAGGGUCGGUCAUUCCUGGGUUCACUUUUUUGUUACGCGAUUUUCCGUGCAUCUCUCUAAACCACUGCCCUAUGGAUACGGUGACCACGUGGGAGUUUCACUGUUAUACGUUGCCGCACAGUGGAUGCUUGUAGCCACUGUGGCCUCAAGGAUGAGCCACGCCACAUUUCAAAAUAAACAACAAUAGCGUAAGAUGUACCUUAGGGCUAAUGUAGUGUCGAUUGUCACCUGUGGGCUGUCAGCUGUUGGUGUGGGGUUAUCGCCACUGUUUAGGAGUGAAGUGAUUAUCGCGUCUGCAAGUGUAGCCUGUAGGCUGAGACUCGACGGGUUCCCGCACAAUGUACACAGACCCCUGCCAGAACACGCCACGCAGGAAGCUACACAGUAAAUAGAAUGCUCGUUUAUACGUCCCGUGACAGACGCAGGAAAUGUCGACACUGCGUCUUGCUUUCUUCUGCCCCGGUGCGACCAAGUCAUCCGCGUUUUAAAUUUAAAAAAAAAAUUCCACGUAUACAGUCUCGACAAAAGUAUAACGGUGUUUAAAAUAUUGCCAAAGAAAUGUUACGAUAUUUUCUCUUUUUUACGAUUGUGCUUCAUUUUGCACUUUAAUAUUACUCAAACUAAUGCAACCCGUCACUGUGGGGACAUGGGCCAGGCCAUUGUCAGAUGCCAAUUUUUAUUGGGUGUGCAUUGUUGCGUUCGUGGGUGGACCGAGUUGGUCAGACCUGUGUUGUCGUCUUCGCACACUGUCAUUGAUCAUGCCAGGCUGUGUGUAAUCUUGGGCUGCCAUUGAUGCUUUCACAACCAAUGACUUUGCGAGCACGAUUAAUACUGUCAACUCGGACGCUACAGCAGAGUUGGAGGCACAUUUAAACGUGUGUUUUGUCUUUUGCGUUUCCAAACCUUUUAAGUGGCUGGGGUGUUGGUGUGGAUUUACAAAAAUGUGUAGCAACAGAAGCUAUUUUUAAAAACAAAUUAUUUCAGCAAUGUGCUUAAAGUCUCUUAACAUUAAAUGCAUAUAUUGUCAUACGUAUCCAAUUUUCAGCCAUUCCAAAUCCACUGCUGGAUGAAGGCUGCUCACUGUCGACGGCAGCACUGUCCAAAAUGCCAUAACGGCCACAAUGCAUUUCACUCGCAAACCUCCCUCCAGAUAACUUCCCGGUCUCCUAUGGGCUUCGCCGUACAUCGUGCGAUGCGUUGCACUGGCCUGAAGCGAAUGCAAGGAACACUUUUCAGAGGACGUUGAUUUUUUAUAUUUUUUUGAACGUGCGACUUAAACGAAGAAGUCUGGCUGACUUCUACGUUUUGAGUGCAUCCACACAAACGUGUACCGUCCAUUGGCACGUGCAAGCUUGUUCUGCCCCCCCCCCCCCCGUGAAGUUCAGUGGCAACGAUUUACAUUUUUGGGGGGGUGGGGGGGGCAGCAGCACUUUUUUUUUUAAACAGCGAGAGACGCCCGCACUCAAUGUGCCACCUGCGUUCCGUGCAUUUUUAACCGAAGCAGCCUCUUAUGUGUUGCCAACGCGUUUGCUGCCCGUGAAACCAUUCUACAUUGCUUCGGCUCGCGUAUCGGGCACUGCAAGUCCCGAUACGCGAGCCUGCAGAUUCGCAUUUAUCUCUAAAAGACAUUCUUACUCUUGACAAGUGCCUCAUUCCGUCCAUGGCGUUUUGCUAAAGCAGGCGUGGUGUUCACGGAGUCUCUGGUGGGGAAGGGGGGGGGGGUGGGGGAGUUGCUUCCGUUUCCCUCGCAUUGCACUUCUUGUCUGCCGAGUUGAGAGGGAGAAUGUUGAGGGUCGCCAAUGGGGUGGGGGUGGGGGGGGAGAGAGUUUCCUUGGGUCGUCACCGGUUGGCGAUCAGUGGACACACAUGGGGCGGCGAUGACUUCAUGUCUUCUGGAAACCUAAGUUGACGUUCAAACAUUUAAUAAAUGUUGCCGUUUAAACUUUA